CGGUAAGUGAAAAUGGUCGAACUUGGCCUGUACGGAUAUGACAGUGAUACUAACCUAUCUUGUCAAAUUCGUAGAGAUCACCUUGCGUGUUCCUUCCCUUAUUCUCUUUCCUCCACCCUUUAGCGUAUUUGGCCCCUUCGCCACCUGUUCCUCUUUUCUCCAGCAGGCAGCAGCGGCUUCGCCUUCGCCUUCACUUUGUUCGGUUGUUCCUCAUUGCUGGCUUCUCCUCUUCUUCUCCUUCCGGCACAGGCAGGGAUGACCGACGUUCCUGUGUGUCACUGUUUGACGAGUUAUGAAUGCAACGAAUACGCCUUCAUUAACAAGAAUGACUUAACUUGCUGGUUCCAAUUCAAGAACUAAUUGCACUUCCUGUGUAUGUCAUCUUGCAGAAUAAAUAAGCCUGAAGUCUGAACCAGAUGUUGCAAAGGACAGAAGCCUGACUCAGAAUAGUCUCCAAAACUAGGCAACAAGCUGCAGGCUGGAAAGAAAUCAUCAAACCAUGGAGCUGGACAUUAACCACUGGAAGAAUAUCUGGGACACAUGGGAUAUCAGGGGAUUUAUCUUCCUGUCUCUCUCUCUUCAAGCUUUUCUAACCUUAUUCGCGCUCUUGAGGAAGAGUACUGCAAGAGGAUUCAUCCUCCUCCUUCUCUGGCUCGCCUACUUGCUGGCCGACGCUGUAGCCAUCCUCGUCGUUGGACUCAUCUUCAAGAGCCAACAACGCAAGGAGGACAAUCCCCCCUAUCUUCUCGCGUUAUGGUCGCCUUUCCUCUUAGUCCACCUCGGCGGCCCAGACACAAUUACUGCCUUCGCACAUGAAGACAACCAGCUCUGGCUUCGCCACCUUCUUCAGUUUCUAGUCCAGUCGGGCACUACAGCUUACGUAUUCAUCCUCACCCUCUCGACAAACAAGUUUUGGCUUCCCACCCUCCUGAUGUUUCUGGCGGGGCUCAUCAAAUACUCGGAGCGAACGCGCUCUCUGUACCUCGCCAGCACUGGGAGAUUCAAGAAGAGUUUAGACUCCCAUGCUGGCCCCUAUUUUGCCGUGCUCGAGGACAGGUGCUUAUUAAGGAAUGGUGAACCUCUACCCACCAGAGUAGACAGAGAGGAUUUAUUUGAUUUCCAAAUCGGUAAUGAAGGGGGCAAAAAGGAUUUAUCUGAUAUUGAAGUGAUCAAGGCUGCUUAUGUGUUCUCCCAGGCCUUCAAAGGCCUUAUUGCCGAUCUCGUUUUUGGUUUUGCCCAACGUCUCUUCAGCCAAGACUUCUUCCUGGAUUUGACAUCCAAGGAUGCCUUCAAAAUAGUGGAGGUGGAGCUCAAUUUCCUCUAUGAAAUUCUCUACACCAAGGUUGUGGUGAUCCAAGGCCUGGCCGGAUAUUGUCUUCGAUUUAUCUCCUUCUGUUCAGUUGUGGUGGCAUUUUCAUUGUUCGCUUCCGAGGAAAAGAAGGAGCUUCAUCCAAUUGAUAUUAGAAUCACCUAUGCUUUGUUUAUCGGUGGAAUUUCUCUUGACAUUACAGCUUUCUUUAUAUUGAUUUUGUCUGAUUCAACUACCAUUGCACUCACCAAAUCAAAGCAUCCAUCUAGCGUCACUAGAAUUCUGGCCAAACUGCUUUUUGUCAAGAGGCAAAGGUGGGUUGUUGAAGACACGUCAAAGCCUUAUCCCUUUUAUUUGAAGUUGGUUCUGCCUCUCCUCCAGCGGAGAUGGUCUGAAUGCAUCUCUCAAUUCAACCUGUUCCAUUACUGUCUGCACGCCCGUUCUGAAAGGAUGGAAAAGGUCAUCGAUUCUUUGGGCCUCACUGAUAUUCUAGACGGCUUGAAGUACGUGAACACGAAGAGAUUUGACACAAGACUGAGAGACUUCAUCUUCGGAGAGUUGAGAAUGAAGUCUGUCAAGGCCGAAAAUUUAGGCAUCACCAGGCGGAUAGCUUCGGCCAGGGGCGAAUGGGUUCUUAACAACAUAGGUUGUAAGGACUUGCUUCCAUAUGUUAGUGUGCUUAAUUAUGAUGAUACUCUAAUAUUGUGGCACAUUGCUACCGAGCUAUUAUAUGGUGCUGAUAAAGGCAAGGAUGGCAACAAGGAUCUUCGUGAAUUCUCGAAGCUCCUGUCAGAUUACAUGUUUUUUCUCCUGAUUAGGCAGCCAGCUUUGAUGCCUGCAGCAGCAAGUAUGUCACAAAAAAGAUUCACGGAUACUUGUGCGGAGGCCAAGAAAUUCUUUCAAAAGAAAUCAGAGAACGAACAGAAACAAAGCCCUUUUAAUCAAAGUGCACCUAGUGUCGGUUGUUGUCGUGAGAUACAAAAAAGAUUCAGGGAUACCUGUGCGGAGGCCAGGAAAUUCUUUCAAAAGAAAUCAGAGAACAAACAGAAACAAAGCCCAUUUAAUCAAAGUGUACCUGGUUUUGGUUCUUGUCGAGAGAUGCAAAAAAGAUUUAGGGAUACCUGUGCGAAGGCCAAGAAAUUCUUUCAAAAGAAAUCAGAGAACGAACAGAAACAAAGCCCAUUUAAUCAAACUGUACCUGGUUUUGGUUCUUGUCGAGAGAUCUUUCGUUGCUUCAUGAAAUGGGGUGGCAACGAGAAAAAAGGAUUGGAUUUUGAACACACAGAAGUCAUCGAGUCCAUCCUCGCUUUUAGGAGAGGAGAUAAACCAAUUGAAAACAAAUCACUAUUGUAUGAGGGAGCAGGUCUGGCCAAGGAGCUAAAUAAGUUGGAAGAGGAACAGGGAAAAGACAAAUGGGAGAUAAUGAGUAAAGUGUGGGUUGAGUUGAUGUCUUAUGCAGCUUGUCAUUGCGGAGCCAACAAUCAUGCUGCACAACUUUGUCAAGGUGGGCAACUCAUCACUGUGGUGUGGCUGUUGAUGGCUCAUUUAGGCUUGGGGGUGCAGUUUGAGCUUAGUGAAGAGGAGUAUGUGCCGGCAAGGCUUCUGAUCUGAACUGGGAAAGUCUUUUCAUGUGAGGGAUAGAUGGCGGAUUUGCUUUUAAUAAAAUUCUCUUGAGCCGUGUUUCCAUA